AUGACUAAUGAAGAAGUAGUUGAUCUUAGGAAAGUAAAGCAAUGCCAACUUCCUGACGACAAUUGCCUCAAUACUCAAGACUCCGUAACACCAGUACUACCGGAAUACGGUAUUAGCAAUGAUUCAAGCAGCUAUACUAGUAACGCAAAUCAAUGUUGGAACUCGUCCAGCCGUUUCGUUCAUACGACAAAGCGUAAAAUUGGUUAUGGUCAAGAGCAAGACGACAGUCCUAUAGAAGAAAAUAAUGAACAACCGCCCAAGCGUAAAUUGAAAAGUGCACUGCAAGACAACUCGACUAUACAAGCAUGUGAUAAUAACGGUGAUGUAGAUGCAUUUUUUUCCACUAACCUCGAUAGCAAAUAUACUGUUGCAAAUGCAACCAGUGAAUCAUCGGACGAAUGUUUUGGUGACACUUUCUCUGGUCCUGAACCUGAAAUACCACUAGUAAGACAUCCAUGGAUGACACCCUACAACACAACGCAAUAUAUAUUUUCCCAACAUGAAAAUGAUCCAGUUAAUGAUGACGAUGAUAUAUUUGGUUAUGAGUACCUCGUUAGCCAGUAUGCUGCCUUGCAUGGCCUGGACUAA